GGCCACUUCCGGAGGAGGAAAAGGGCAGAGGAGAGCAGGAAAGGCAUAGGUAAUGUUUGAAUGAACCUUGUGAAGGCCCUGUGAGAGCUUUGCCCUAGAGAUGCCUUGGGACCAAAAUGAAAGGUCACUGCACUAGCAAGAACAAGUAAUAAGUAGGAGAGAGACAUAUUUCAAGUGACAUACCUGGAGGAAAGGGAGAAUUGUGCUUUUCAAAGAGUGACUUGGUAAAGAGACAAGAAGGCUUCAGCAAUACAAAGACCGAAAAAAGGAAAUCCUGUGCUGUUCAGGAGUUUAUAUCUGUGAACUUCUGACAUAAUAGUUGAAUCAUAAAUUUAAAAGAAUGGAAAAUCUUCAUCCCUGUUCCACAUCACAUACAGGGGAGAAGCUACAUAAGUGUAUGGACUGUGGGAAAUGUUUCAUGUGGAGGCGUUCUCUUACUAAGCAUCAACAUACUCACACAGGGGAGAAGCCGUAUCACUGCAUGGAAUGUGGAAAGAGCUUCGGUCGGAGUGGACACCUGCAUUCCCACCAAAGGACCCACACAGGGGAGAAGCCAUAUCCAUGCAUGGAAUGUGGAAAGAGCUUCAGUCAGAGUGGAGCCCUCCGUUCCCACCAAAGGACCCACACAGGUGAGAAGCCACAUCAGUGCAUGGAAUGUGAAAAGAGCUUCAGUCGGAGUGGAGAUCUGCGUCGCCAUCAAAGAACCCACACAGGGGAGAAGCGAUAUCAAUGUAUGGAAUGUGGAAAGAGCUUCGGUCGAAAUGGACAGCUGCGUUUCCACCAAAGGAUCCACACGGGGGAAAAGCCACAUCAGUGCAUGGAAUGUGGAAAAAGCUUUAGUCAGAGUGGAGCUUUGCGUUCCCACGAAAGAACCCACACAGGGAAGAAGCCAUACAAAUGCAUGGAAUGUGGAAAAAGCUUCAGUUUGAGUGGAGCGCUCCGUAACCAUCAAAGGACCCACAUAGGGGAGAAGCCACAUCAAUGCUUGGAAUGUGGAAAGAGCUUCAGUCAGAGUGGAGAUCUGCAUCUCCAUCAAAGAACCCACACAGCGGAGAAGCCAUAUCAAUGCAUGAAAUGUGGAAAGAGCUUCAGUUUGAAUGGCGCACUCCAUUCCCAUCAAAGGACUCACACAGAGGAGAAGCCACAUCAGUGCUUGGAAUGUAAAAAGAGCUUCAGUCUGAGUCGAGGUCUGCGUCGUCAUCAAAGAACCCACACAGGGGAGAAGCCAUAUCAAUGCAUGGAAUGUGGAAGGAGCUUCAGCCAGAGCGGAGCACUCCGUUCCCAUCAAAGGACCCACACAGGGGAGAAGCCACAUCAGUGCUUGGAAUGUGGAAAGAACUUCAGUCAGAGUGGAGAUCUGCGUCUCCAUCAAAGAACCCACACAGGGGAGAAGCCAUAUCAAUGUAUGGAAUGUGGAAAGAGCUUCAGUCAGAGUGGAGCCCUCCGUUCCCACCAAAGGACCCACACAGGGGAGAAGCCACAUCAAUGCAUGGAAUGUGGAAAGAGCUUUGGUCGGAGUGGACAGUUGCGUUCCCAUCAAAGGACCCAUACAGGGGAGAAGCCAUAUAAAUGCAUGGAAUGUGGAAAGAGCUUCAGCCUGAGUGGAGCCCUCCGUUCCCACCAAAGGACCCACACAGGGGAGAAGCCACAUCAAUGCAUGGAAUGUGGAAAGAGCUUCGGUCGGAGUGGAGCGCUCCAUUCCCAUCAAAGGACCCACACAGGGGAGAAGCCACAUCAAUGCAUGGAAUGA